GGGGGAGGAGGAGGCUUUAAAAAACAACAGCCCCCCCACGCCGCACGCACAAUAAUUGAAUUUAUUAUUAUUACCGUCUCGCCGACUUGGGGAAAAGGAGGAGGAGGAGGUUGGGGUGUGUGUGUGGGGGGGAUCGAUCUUCGAUCAGGAAGAUGGCUGCUGGCUGGCUGCUGGUCUUUAGCCUGACACUUUUCCAGUCCCUGGUGAUGAACCACUCCUCGGAGGGACCCUUCCCUUCGCCCACCACGAUAAAAUCAUGGGUAGAUAAGAUGCAAGAAGACCUCGUAACUUUGGCACGAACUGCAAGUGGAGUGGACCAGCUUGCUGCGAUAUAUUUGAAAUACAGAGAUUUGUAUACUGUAGAAGCCAACAACCCUCGUCAGCUAGUGGAAAUUGCAGCCAGAGACAUUGAAAAACUACUGAGUAACAGGUCCAAGGCCUUGGUGCGCCUCGCUAAAGAAGCAGAGAAGUAUCAAGCAUCUCAUCAGUGGAGGGAUGAGUUUGGGAAUAAUGAUAUAAUCUAUUACAAUGCAAAAGAUGAUCAGAAUGAUCCUGAAAAGAAUGACACUGAAUCUGGCAGCCAGAGAAUCAGACCAGUAUUUGAAGAAGAUCCUGUUUUCCGACGGCAAACGUCUUACCAACAUGCAGCAGUCCACAUACCAACAGAUAUUUAUGAAGGCUCAACAAUCGUGUUAAAUGAACUCAACUGGACUGCUGCGUUGGAUGAUGUGUUCAAGCGGAACAGGGAAGAAGACCCCACUUUACUAUGGCAGGUCUUUGGUAGUGCAACUGGCCUCGCUAGGUAUUACCCAGCUUCCCCAUGGGUAGAUAAAAGUCGAACUCCAAACAAAAUAGAUCUGUAUGAUGUUCGCAGAAGACCAUGGUAUAUCCAAGGAGCUGCAUCUCCCAAAGAUAUGCUUAUUUUAGUUGAUGCGAGUGGAAGUGUCAGUGGAUUGACAUUGAAGCUGAUCCGCACCUCGGUCAUUGAGAUGUUAGAGACAUUGUCUGACGAUGACUUUGUGAAUGUAGUUUCAUUUAACAAUAACGCUCAGAACGUCAGUUGCUUUAAUCAUCUUGUCCAAGCUAAUGUGAGGAACAAGAAGAAGCUGAAAGAAGCUGUCUAUAAAAUCUCUGCUAAAGGAAUUACUGAUUACAAAAAAGGCUUUAGCUAUGCUUUUGAACAGCUGCUAAACCACAGUGUUUCUAGAGCUAACUGCAAUAAAAUUAUUAUGCUGUUUACGGAUGGUGGUGAAGAAAGAGCACAAGAGAUUUUCCAUAAAUAUAAUGAAGACAAAAAAGUACGUGUGUUCACAUUUUCUGUUGGUCAACAUAAUUAUGAUAAAGGACCUAUACAGUGGAUGGCCUGUGAAAAUAAAGGUUAUUAUUAUGAAAUUCCAUCCAUUGGAGCCAUAAGAAUAAACACCCAGGAAUAUCUGGAUGUUUUGGGAAGACCAAUGGUUUUAGCUGGAGAGAAAGCCAAACAGGUCCAAUGGACAAAUGUCUAUCUGGAUGCUCUGGAGCUGGGCCUUGUGAUAACAGGAACUCUGCCUGUCUUCAAUCUAACAAAGGAACAAAAUGGGAAAAUAAAUCAGCUGAUUCUUGGAGUAAUGGGGGUUGAUGUCUCUCUGGAGGACAUAAAAAAACUGACACCUCGCUUUACGCUUUGUCCAAAUGGAUAUUAUUUUGCAAUUGAUCCUAAUGGGUAUGUGCUACUUCAUCCAAAUCUCCAACCAAAGAAUCCAAAAUCCCAGGAGCCAGUUACGCUGGAUUUCCUAGAUGCUGAAUUGGAAAAUGAUAUUAAAGUUGAGAUUCGAAAGAAAAUGAUAGAUGGAGAAAGUGGAGAAAAAACAUUUGAAACACUGGUCAAGUCCCAAGAUGAGAGAUACAUUGAUAAAGGAAACAGAACAUACACAUGGACUGCUGUGAAUGGCACUGAUUACAGUUUGGCAUUGGUGUUACCAUCAUACAGCUUUUAUUAUAUUAAAGCCAAAAUAGAUGAACCAUUAAUUCAAGCCAGAUUGGCAAACAAAAUGGAUUCAGAAACACUGAAGCUUGAUCAUUUUGAUGAAGUUGGCUAUACUUUUUUAGCACCAAGAGAAUACUGUAGUGAUGUAAAGAAAUCAGAAAACAACACUGAAUUUUUAUUAAAUUUCAAUGAGUUUAUUGAUAGAAAUACUCCAAACAGUCCGUCAUGUAAUACUGAUAUGGUCAUUAGAGUUUUGCUGGAUGCAGGAUUUACAACUGAACUUGCCCAAAAUUAUUGGAGUAAGCUGUAUCUGGAUGGAGUUGCUGCACAAUUUGUUGUUACAGAUGGUGGAAUUACCAGAGUGUUUCCCAAAAGGGCAGGAGAAGAUUGGUUGGAAAAUGCUGAAACUUACGAAGUCAGCUUCUAUAAACGAAGUUUAGAUAAUGACAACUACAUUUUCACAGCUCCGUACUACAACAAAAGUGGUGCCAAUAGCUAUGAAACAGGUAUUAUGGUAAGCAAGGCUGUGGAAAUAACAAUUAACGGGAAACUUCUGAAACCUGCAGUUGUUGGAAUAAAAAUUGAUGCAACCAGAUGGAUGGAAAAUUUCACAAAAACCACAAUCAAGAGCCUGUGCAACAGUGAAAUCUGUGGCUGUGAAAGAAACAGUAUGCAUGUGGAUUGUGUUAUCCUUGAUGACGGUGGAUUUCUUUUGAUGUCAAAUCGGGAUGAAUAUACUCAACAGAUUGGAAGAUUCUUUGGUGAAAUUGACCCUGGCCUGAUGCGAAACCUAAUUAAUAUGUCCCUCUAUGCCUUUAACAAGUCGUAUGACUAUCAAUCGGUCUGUGAUCCUGAAGAAGAACCAAAGCAAGGAGCUGGAAUUCGUUCAGCAUAUGUGCCUACAAUAACAGAUAUUUUGCAUCUAGGAUGGUGGGCUUCGGCAGCUGCCUGGUCUAUCUUACAGCAGCUGUUUUUGAGCUUGACUUUCCCACGUUUCCUUGAGGCAGCUGAUAUGGAAGAUGAUGAUUUCUCUGCUGCCCUGCCUAAAACAAGUUGUAUCACUGAGCAAACUCAGUAUUUCUUUGAGAAUGAUGAUAAAUCUUUUAUUGGCAUUGUAGACUGUAUAAACUGUUCAAGACUUUAUCAUGCAGAGAAGAUUUCAAACACCAAUCUAGUAUUCAUUAUUAGUGACAGCCAACUGCUGUGCCGCUCCUGUGAUCCAAAACCACUGAUGCAAGCAGAGAAGCCGGAUGAAGGGCCAAAUCCUUGUGAAAUGGUCAAACAGCCUAGGUACAGAAAAGGUCCUGAUGUCUGUUUUGAUGAAGCUAAACAGGAAGAUUCAGCCGACUGCGGUGGUGUCUCUGUCUGAGUCCAUCACUGUGGUCUAUGGUAGGAAUUCAGUUGGUCCUGCUUUGGCUGUCAUCUGGCAGCAGAGCCACUGUCAGUUAUGACCUUGCUAAACCAAAACCUGCAUAACUUAAUCAAGGACCCGGCCAAAACGAUAGCCUCAAUUUCAUUUUUAAAAGGGUCAGCUAUUCGGACAGCAGCAGAACAGCAAUGCUCAUGUCUGGUUAUCACGCGUUGUGAGACUCAUAAAGGCACCCGCAGUGGCUGCAUGUUGGAGUGUCAGAUCCUUAAACGUGUGUGAAUGCUGCAUCAUCUAUGCCAUCCUGAACAGAAUUCUGUAUGUGCUUCAUUGGGGAAUCUAAGGGGUUUUUUUCGUUUGUUUGUUGUUGUAAUCUUGGAUGACUUAAUGUAAAAGGGCUCCCCUGAAAAUAGCGUAUGUACAGAUUUUCUUUUAAGCUUUGAAUUUCUUGAAGAUAUAUAUUCUUUUACAUGAACAUUUAUUUAUAUAAAAUACAAGAAAAAAAGAAAAUGUGCUCCCAGUAUACAUACUAGCACUGCAAAUGGCUGCUUUUGAACAUCAGUUUUGUCCAAACUACUUGAGUGAAUGAAGAUAUUAGCCAGUCUUCAUCAGAAGCUCAGCAUGAUUGAAAGGCUUUAUGAUGAGUGGUUAUUCUUCCAAAGUUAAUCAGAAUGGGUAGCUGGAAUAUUUUGGUAAGUUGGUAACUUGUUAAUUUAAAGAAAGGGAGAAAGGAGGAACUAAAAAUAUAAAGGUGCUUGAGAGUUUAACUAAAAAAAAUUCUCAUGUUAAAGUUGGUGUCAUUUUCUAUCAGAAAAUGUUAAUUUCAUGUAAUAUUCACCUCCUUUUCACAAUGCAGAUAUAUAUAUAUAAAGCGGUCAAGUCCUUCAAAGGCUCAAAGAAAAAUGCUGGUGAAUAAGAAAUGUAUUUGUGAUAUUUGAACGUUGGUUUCCAAGGGUAUUUUGCAUGAUGAUGAUGCUAUGUUAACUGUUUUUCCAGUUAGUUUUCUUUGAUGGUAGAGUAUAGUCCAUUGAAAAGGUAACUGAGUGGUUCUUUUAUUGUGUGAGUAACCUGUAACAUUGCAAUGUGUUGCAAUCAAGUCAUAUUAAAUUAUAUAUGAAACAGAGCUCUCUGAAUAUACUGUGCAAUGAAAAAACUGAGAAAAUAGGGUAAAUUUAGCUAUCAUACCAAAAAGGUUGAGUUGGAUUUUUUACAGAAUAGGAAUCUCACAUGAAAACCUGUGUACAGAUAUUUUAAGUAUAUAAAAUCAGAUUUGACAUAUUUAUUUUUGAAAAUAUAUGUUCACUAAGGUUCAUAUCAGGUUCCCCCUUUGUUUGCUUUAUAUAAAAUUCAUCCAUCAUAUUAAAACUGCCGUAUUGCUGUUUAUUAUUGAAAAUAGCAAAUUAACAGCAAAAUUACCUGGUUGCUGAGAUUGGGAAAAAUCUAAACAAAUGGGGAGCCUUGAAUCUGUAUGUAUGCACAUUGAUACUUGAUUGUGACUAAUAAUUUAGAAGUUGUUUUUAUACAACCUCAUUGGUGAUACAGAUUGGGCAGUAAAUUACAAAUUACAGUGUAGCAUAGUGUUGAUGCAAAAUAUGAUUUGCGCUUUUUUCUAGUUUUCAGAUCUAAACAGUAUUGCAGACAGCUAACCAAUGAAUGUGCAACUCUGCUGAUAUUGUAUAAUUCUGCUAACAACUGCAAUAUUGCAAAUAUUACCAUGGCACACUACACUAGCUCGUUAAAAAUAAGAAACUGCAAAGCAUUGGUAUGUGUAUGCUCGGCAAUUGAUUGAUAUAUUUUGAUCAUGUCAAAAGCUUAAAGAAAUAAUUGGGCAUGCAUUAAUACCUAUGGAAACCUGAAGAUGCUACUCAAAGCCAUGGCAGGCUUAAAAGAUCAGACGUCUACUGUAGUGUACCCAUAGCUGGUUUGUUGUUUUUCUCACGUUACCUUGGCUCCAGCUAUGUAUUUUCUUACGUUUGGGGAAUACAAUGAGUGAAAACAGUAAAAGCUGACCUUCUGUUCAGUGAUCAAAUUUAGCAUUUAAAAACAUCUUUAGCAAAGUUGUGGGGUUAAAAUUGCAAAUUAACUGUGUUGGAUGACUUCAGGUCCUCCUCAGGGAAGGUGAGGUAUUUUGAUACUAUGGGUGAAGAUAAUCUUGGAGCUCUUCCUUCUAGUUAAUUACUGCGCUUCUCUUCACCCUGUCACCAGCUAUCACCUCAUAAAAAUUGGUUGAAACUUUCUAAUGCUGAGACUGCAUCCGUAUUUUUCCUGAACAUGGUAAAUUUAAAAUCUUAUGGAGGAACCAGUUUUGUAGGAUUUCGGCCAAUACUUUAGUACGCUUAUAGCUUUUACUUUAAGAUUUACUUCAAAUUCACAUGACUUCACUAUUUUGCUACUUUAAUUUUUUGUAAAGACUGUCAGUAAUUAAGCACUAUAUAUUUUUCACUUAUCUACCCAAAAGCCUACUCAAAAGGAAACCCUUCAUGGAAAAGUUACGUUAUGUGUAUGUUAGAAUAGUUUGCUUACACUGGUGAGCCAUACUCUAAGUUACCAAAUAAACAUUUGAUUAGAGUCUGUAGGCAGAAAGAAAGAUGGCACUAAGCCAUGCUGCCACAGAAAACCGUGGGGCUUUGCUCUCAUGCCACUUCCUUAGAGGGCUCAAAAUAAAAAAGGAGGGAGAAGCCCAUGCAAUGCAGACACCUUAGACUUCUUGGGCUAUCCAAAGAGGAAAUAUGUUCUGUUCUCCUCCUCUGUCCCUCUGUAGGACUUGAAGAAGAAUCAAAAUCUCAAUAUAAACACCUAGCCUUCCAGCCAUUAAACUCAGGAUCUGGCUUUACCUUUAAACAGGAAAAAUGAAAUAUGGAUUCUGUUUGUAUAAGAAAAUAUAUAUCUAUAAUAUAUAUAUUUGAAAUGAUAUUACUGAAUAUAUUUAAGUGAUAUCCAAGUGAUAAUAAAGAUUUGUUAAAAUACACUACCUAUAUAUCUACAAAAUACAAAACACCGGAAAGCAAAUGCAAUGUGAACGUUAUCUAUCUCAAAAUGUGAAGACCAGUGAGUUACGAAUAACUUCCGUGGAUAACUACGUAUUCUUAUGCAGAAGAGUAUCCUUACUCUCACAUAAUGUAUAAUAGUCAUCUUCUGUAUAAGAAAGAAACUUGAUCCUAGGCUUUAAAUUGAGGCGUUUUCAAGUUACAAUAUGCUGUAAAAAGAUUUAUUUAUUUAUUUAUUUUAAGUCAGAUAAUAAGCUAUGUUGAUAUUUGCUCAGAUCCUUUAAAUAGCACUAAGGGACAGAGAUAAACUGCUGGAACUGUUUUAGUUUACACAGAAGUCAUGCAGCCUAAUGUAAGUCUGACAAAUACCCAUCAUUAAAGUUCUUAUAGCAUGGCACUCUACAAAAUGUGAUCUGAGGACUUAACAUGAAAGGUUUCUUUUUAAGUUUUCAUUUAAACAACCAGCAUUACUGCCAAAACACUGACCCUGGUCCAUAUUUGUAACAGGUUUUUAACAUGACAUAGCAGGUUUGAUUGACAAGAUUUUUAGGUCCUGUACCUUUAAAAUUUUAGUAUGAUCUUUCUCAUUUUUCUAAUGCUUGAGGCUUUAUUGCUUAACUUGACAAAACAAAACAAAAAAAUAAACAAAAAACACAGUGUUGCUGCCAUUUGUAAGUUUUCCUGUAAUAUUCCUUUUACUAACUUAAAAACUGGCCUUACUGGGUUCAAAUAGGCAGUAUCCCUUUUAAGUGACCUUUGCAACCCAAGUGUUACUUGCUGUUGAGAGUUUUUUGGUAUCACUGAAGAGACAUUAAGAACUUUUUUUUCUCAUUAACAUGUAAACUCAGAAAGCGUGCUUAGUAUCUCUUAAUUUCAGAACAUAACCUCAAUCCCACUGGUCCUAAAAAUUCAGAUGCUAGCACACUGGUUAUUAAGAAGUAUAUUAAUGCCUACAAGGCACUUCGAUGUUCUGAUAUUUUUAGAAUGUCAACUGAAGGUGAAAUCUUAAUAACUCUUUCCUUAGCUGAAAUUCUACCCUAGCUUCACCAGAUAUCCAAGCCUCUAAAAAAGGCCAGAUUUCGUUUUUUUUUUCUUCCAUACCACAAUGUUAAUAUUGUUAAUACUCAUUGUACACUACUGUAAAAAGAUUAAAACAAAGUGUCUGAAAACAGUUCAAGCAUUUUGAAAAGUUAGCCUCACCCUCUUCCCAGCUGCUUGCAUCUGUACCAUUUAUGGUUUAAAAGAAAAAUAUCAUCUUGAAGAAAUAAUCUCACUGAGGCUAAAGGGGUACUGUCUUGUUCAGAUGCCAUGAAAAUGCGAUUGUGAUCUGACAAAGCUGUCUUCUCUUCUUGUGUUGUAUGGAAUAUCUGGAUCAUGCUUUCUGGGAUACUUUUAUUGAAGUGCUCAGUGUGCGUUUCUGCAAAAAAGGCUUGAUUGCUUUUUACAAGGCAAGCAGGUCUUUCUCCCUUUUGUUGUGUUCUCUUGACACUUUUGUGGAACUUGACAAGCCUGAAAAAAUAAUUUUUUGUAAAAAUUUAUAAUAAUGUUAUAAAAAGUUUAUAAUCCUAGAACUGUUGUGUUAAUCCUUGUGCAAAAACAGUAUAUUCAGAAUAAAAGUUUAUCAUUUAAAAUCAACAACUACUUGGAUUUUUCACUCUGUGUGAUAAAAACUGGAAAUAAUGGCUGCAUAAAUAGCUGAAUAAUAUGUCUGAAUUUGCUACAUAAUUGCACACAAAAAUCUGAAAGAGAGAGAUUUUCCAAAGAAUAGAGAGUGACUUAACCAGUUCAUACUGGGGAUUAAAGGGAAAUGUGCAGCAAACCCCCAUUUGCGGCUGUGAAAAUUUCAGAAAGUUUAAAAAAAAUGUAACCAAUGAAAACUGAGAGUCUGUAAAACAGUCAGUAAAAAUAGUCUGUAAAGCAUCCGAAGUAGCCCCGUUGUUCUGAAACAAUUGCUUUUGGAAGGACUGUCAUUUACUAACUUGUAAACAUUGAUGAAGUCCAAGAGUUCAUUCACAUGAAGAAGCAGACUAAAAUCAGAUGUCUCAGAUGGUGGCUGCCCAAGUCACUGCCCCACCUCUGACAAAGAUCACUGCUUGAUUUAUGAGCCAGCUUCUGUACUGCUGCAGUUCUCAGCUAAGCAUUAAAUUCAAAGUGGAUCUAUGUACCUUUAUAAAUAGUCUUGAGAUGUUCAGGAGUCUUCACUGGAUUUUUAGAUUUAGUGUGGUGGGAAUGGUAAUCUCCAUCUGAAGGGCAGGGCAGAUGGCUGCAAGUGGUAACUGCUUCAGAAGCCUGAUUUUAAUCCUUUGCUGCAUAUGUGUCAAAGCCCAAAGAGAAUGGCAGUCAUAAAUUACACUGAAUUUACAGAAUCCCUGGGGAGUCAGAGAGCAAGAAAUCAAAUGCAGAUUCUAAUGCUGCAAAGUACUCGAUCGCCCAUGUGGAAAUGCUACAAGGCAGCACAUGACACUGCAGAUCAACAUCCAGAGAUUACUGGCCUCAACUAGAUUAAACACUGCCGUGUAAUGACAUGAUUACCCCCACAUGCUGAACUAAUUGUAUCAUGUUUUCUGUAUGCUGAGUGCCAUUGAGAUGCAAAAAUAAAGAAACCACCAAAUCCCUUCCCAGUACAUGUUUAAUUUCAAUUCUGUAUUACAGUACUCUAUUCAUUAAGCAGCAGGAACCAAGGCUUUCAGAAAACAGAGGCUUUGUGUCGUGGUUCCUCCCACCCCCCAAUUUCUGGAAUUUACAAGUAGAUCAAUUUGGGAAUGGCUGCACUGCAGUGAAAUAUUCUAUACUAGUCCCCAGUGCAAAUCAAGCCGGAAUACACUUUGCCUGUCACAUCAUAUUAUUUUGAGAGAUGACUUCACAUUGUCCAAUGCAGCAUUAUUGCUGCUAACCAUCUAC